AUUUAUUUAUUUGGGGAUUCCUAGUAUACUUAUUUCAAAAUAUUUGAUUCUUUAAUUGGCCUUCAUCCUUAGCAUGCUCUGGUAAGGAGGGCGGAGAUGGCUUGUCUCCCAUUAUUUGAACCAAGCCACCUUGAAUUGAAUAGAAUAGUUAAGGCACGUGCAAAUAUCCUAAAGAUGAAGGUAGUGAUUUUCUUGUUCUUACUUUGCAGAGUAUGUGAUUGAACCCGAGAUGGAGAUAUUAGGAAAGGAUAUGCUUGCACGGUGUUGUGGUUUGCCAUUAGCCAUUUUGGUGCUUGGUGGACUUCUUGUAACAAAGCACAGUGUUAGAGAGUGGCAAACGGUAAACGAGAACAUCAAUUGGUAUUUGGCUCGGGGCAGAGGUCAUGGAAAACAGCGAGCAGUAACAGAGGUUUUAUCCUUCAGUUACCAUGACCUUCCGUAUCAGUUCAAGCAAUGCUUUCUUUUUCUGGCCAAUUUUCCAGAGGAGUUUGAGAUAGAAGCAGAGAAAUUGUACCAAUUCUGGGUGGCCGAAGGCAUCAUAUCACAGGGAGAACGCGCUGAAGAAGAGACAAUGAUGGAUGUAGCUGAACGCUACUUGGCUGAACUGGCAGAAAGAUGCAUGGUCCAAGUCAACGUAAAAGAAACAGCUGGUGGUUUCAAAAACUGUCGUCUUCACGAUCUUAUGCGGGAUCUUUGUUUGUCUAAAGCCAAAGACGAAAACUUUGCCAAUGUCAUUUAUUUUAGACGUGAUAAGAAACCCAUGGAUUCAUUAUCAUCGAGCAGUAGAAUUCGAAGAAUUUCCUUUUAUUUGGAUUCUGAUUUGGAUUCUGAUAUUACACAUGACGCUGUUGCUUGUAGUGAAAAUCGUCACAUCAGGUCGGCUUUCUUUUAUGCAAAUGAUUGUAGGCAUGAUGUUUUGCAACAAAUGAGAUUUCAUCUCAGUAGGUUCAAGUUACUCAGAGUUUUAUAUCUUCAAGGAUUUCAAUCUGCCGAUGAGUUGCCUAAAUCGAUUGGAGACUUGAUCCACUUGAAGUACUUGAGUUUGAGCUAUUCUAAAUUCAAGAAGUUGCCGUCAUCAUUGAGCAAAUUGGUGUACUUGCAAACACUCGAUUUGGAAGUUGAUGAUUCACUGCAAAUCCCGAAUAUCAUCUGGAAAAUGAAAAGUCUACGACAUCUACAUCUUCCUUCAAAGUUUCAGACUCAGGAUGGUUUGAAAUUAAGACUGGAUGGAUUAAUUGAGCUGGAGACUUUAAUAAACUUCAAUACUAGCUUGUGCGAUGUGAAAGAUCUUGACACAUUGACUAAUCUUCGGAAACUAAGAGCAUCGAUAAAGGAUAAUCUUGAUGACCUGCCAAAUAUACUUAAGUACAUAAGCUUCACACAGAAUCAUCUUAGACGCUCGUCCCUUUCCAUUUCUUGCCUGCAGUUUUGUUCAGAUGCCGAGUUAAGUCUUUUGAGGACACUACUCGGGUGUCAUCGUCUUUACAAGUUAUCCAUAAAGGGACGUAUUGGUAAGUUACCGGAAUUUUUCCAUUUCUCAUCAAGCAUUGCUAAAAUAGCCUUCAAGGCAUCUUUACUCGAGGAAGACCCCAUGGCAACACUAGAGAACCUACCAAAGUUAAGUAGCUUAACAUUAUUUGAUUCGACUUACGUGGGAGAAGAAAUGGCCUGCUCGAGUAAGGGGUUCCCGAGACUUCUGUAUCUGAAAGUGUGGGGUUUGUCGAACUUGAAGAGAUGGAGGAUCGAUGCAGGAGCCAUGCCUAAGCUCUGUCGUCUUGUUAUUGCUCAUUGCGAACAACUGGAAAUGCUCCCGGAUGGGCUUAAAUUCAUUACUACACUGCAAAAACUGAAUGUUCGUUGGAUGUCUGACGAUUUUAAAGAUCGACUUAGAGAUGAAGGUGAUGAUUUUUACAAAGUUCGACACGUUCCUGAUAUCAAACUUGAUUGAAUUCUCUCUUUUCUGUAUUAUUAAUUUAAAAAUGUUUGUGCAUUGCACCCUUGUUGUCUCUCAUUUAUAGUCAAUUGUUGAUUUUCCACUCGAAUUUAUUUCAGUGUUGUAUUGUAUCAAAUCUCGGUUUGUUCAUGUCGUGUACUGUAUUAACUUCAAGUGUCUAUUGUUUUCAUUUGUAUUUGAACGUACCUUUGUGAUUCA